UCAAGUACGCGAGAAAGUAUAGAAACAACUGUGCAGAAAGACAUAGAGAGACACCAAGCACAUACAGGCCAUACACACACACAGACACGGAAAGAGAGCGGUCUGUCACACAGUCUUGGCUGUGUCUCUGUCUCUCCCGCUCGUGUCUCUCCCACUCGACUCAUUCGAGUGACCCGCGUGUGAUCACAGAUUGACUGACCUGACCUGCACCAUCAUGGACGGCACCUUGAGACCCCAGCUCGGCAGAGUCUUCAGGAGCUGAACGAUGGAUGACAGCGGUUUGUUUUGUGCGACCAGCUGCCUGACGUCGUUCCACAAUAUGUCGACGACCGGGAGUGUGACGUCCUUUUUCAGGGCGACGGCGAUGUUGUAGAAGGCGGUCAUUUUUUUUGCGCCACGCGUGUUGUUUGUCUGCUGAGGCGGAGAGAAGAGGUACUGCAUAAAGCCCGCUGUCACGUUCUGUUGCCCGGCCUGACCGUGGUGCCAUACAGUGAAAAACAGGGAAAAACAAGAAGAAAUGAGAAGGUCUGCUGUGUGCAAAAUCUGUGAUCGACUGUGUCUCAUGUAGAGCCCACAAUUUCGAUGCACGCCGCGAUAUCAUUCUUGGGCAUCGACGCAUGAUAUCCAUGUCGGUACACUGAUUGCCCUCCUUGGCGGCCGUUUUUCUGCGAGCCUUCACUUCCUUGGCCAGCGACAUGAAGGCGUUGAAUGACUGCGAGUUCUCGCGGUUGGGGGUCAGUAGAGAGCCCUGCAACACCCAUCAGAACACAUCACAUCACAUCACAUCACAUGACAAGACAGGACUCGGCGUGAAGACUCAUUUCCCUGUGACUCGCUUAUCUCUCUGUGACCCCCUCUGACUGUGCCACCCAUAUCCACAUCCGUACGAGGCAUGCCCAGGCAAACUUUUCCUUGGUCAGGGACUUCCAUGGCACGGGCGAGUCAUGCAGGGGAACAGGCCGUAAGACAGGUCCUCGAGGAUCUCCAGAAGGUGGACCGGUCGGAUCAUUCUCCCGCUCCCGUCGUUCAGCUGCCUCGGCGUGCACGCGCUGAUCGUGGAGUUUUGGAUGUCGGCCACCAACACGGGCACGGUGGCGUUGUCGCUCUUCAGCUUGUUGACAAUUUCGUCCAUUGCGUUGGCCAGGGCUGCGAACGCCACGCACUGGUUAAGCAUUAGCGCCCUUGGCUGAAUCGCACAAGUAGG